GACGGAAAGAGAGGAUAGACAAAGCUGUCGGUCUCCAUUUCUGUUUCUCUUCAACGGGAAAACAACGACAAUCGACACCUGAAACCCUACCUUUGAAGUCAUCGUUUUCGAUUUCCAUCUUCUUCUGUCCCUCUAUUCGAUUUUAGCUUCUUCAAAUCCCAAUCCCCCCUUCCCCAUUCAAUCGCACGUAAAUUUGAUUCAAAAGCCUGGGAUUACUUUUUCUAUGGCUUCUGCUAGCGCCACGUGGACGCCGAACUCCCUCCAGCUCCGGUUAGCACUGAAUUGCGGGAACUCCAGGAAAUUUAAUGCGGUGCUCGCACGGGCCCGCGUGAGGAAGCUGAAUCGUGAAGUUCGUGCGCUUUGUCUUGCGCAGAACGAAGAACCUCCUAGAAAUGGGGAUUCGUGGAACGGGUCGGACCUUGCUGCGAAUGCUCUCUCUGGAUGGUCUGGUCCGGAUGAUAGUGAACAGCCUAUAGAAUCGCAGAGGAAGAAUUGGAUUGGAGGUAUCGGGGCUGUGGGAGCUGGAGUGGCUGGAGUUGUUCUGGUUGCUGGGCUAACUUUUGCGGCCUUGGCUAUUAGCAAGCGCAAUACCUCCAAACCAGUUCAACAAAUGGAGCCGUUGACAGCUGAUCAAGAGGUUUCUUUGGCCUAUGUUGAUGACAAUGAAGAUAAAGUGGAGGGGGGAAAUGAGAGCAACCAUGUAAAGAAUGAAGAUGGCAUUGUGGAAAGUCAGACAGGUAAAGAUCAGGAUUAUUUAUCAUCUUCAGAAUAUAAUGAAGAUCCAAAUGAAAAUAAAAUUGAUAAUGAUAACAAAAACUCAUCACUGGAUUAUGUAAAAGACGCAUCCAACGGCAGUCAUGCCAUGGACAGUGUUUCCAUUCAGGAAGAACAUAACCCUGAAAUUGAUUAUAAGUCAAUUGCUCCUGAAACAACUCCGAGCUCAACACAAUUGGCUGAAACUGAGAUUCCUGUUGGUUCUUCUGUUGCACCUAGCCAUAAAGAUGAAGAUGGCAGCAUUUCUGCCAGCUUACCUGAGCCAACUUCUGAGGUCGAAGUGGGCCUAGUCAGUGUUGGACCCUCCGAUUUGUCUAUAUCCGAAACUCUUCAAAUUAGCUACCAGGAACAGUUGCCUAAUUUAAAUGUAAAAGAGUAUUCCGAGCCUUUGUCGCAUCCUUCUUUGGAUGCUGAAGCAUAUGCACCUAGUGAGCCCAUGCCUACAAGUAUUUCAAUUGGUUCCCAGUUGAACACAACCUCAGAUUCUCACCUAGAGACCACACACAACUUGGAGACCAUAGACUCAGCCCCGACUGAAGAAAAUCCUGACAUUAACAGAACAUCACAAGUCUCAGAUGGGAGAAUUAUUUCUUCCCUGGAAAUACAUAGAUUAGAUGAAAGUGGGGCUUCCAAAACAUCUGUGUCAACAUCAGCAUAUCCAUCUGGUGACCAACAAGACAUAGAUGAUCGUAAUGCGAUCAAUGGAAGCAAAUCAUUUCUCGAGUCACUGACUCAUGGGAGUUCUUUGCUACCUGCUGGCAUACCUGCUCCAUCUACAGUUUCUGCAGCUCUACAGGUACUCCCAGGAAAGGUCCUAGUUCCAGCAAUAGUUGAUCAGGUUCAGAGUCAGGCAUUAGCUGCUUUGCAAGCUCUGAAGGUUAUUGAAGCUGAUGCUCAACCAAUUGAUCUAUGCACGCGUCGAGAAUAUGCACGUUGGUUGGUCUCUGCGAGCAGUGCUCUCUCAAGGAACACAGUGUCAAAAGUGUAUCCUGCAAUGUAUAUAGAGAAUGUUACUGAACUUGCCUUUGAUGAUAUCACUCCUGAAGACCCUGAUUUUUCAUCAAUUCAAGGCUUGGCAGAAGCAGGACUUAUCUCAAGCAAGCUUUCAAAUCAUGAUUUGCUUAAUGAUCAACAAAGCCCGCUCUGUUUCUCUCCUGAAAGCCCUCUGUCACGGCAGGAUCUUGUGAGUUGGAAGAUGGCCUUGGAGAAAAGACAGCUUCCAGAGGCUAACCGAAAGAUCUUGUACCAACUUUCAGGUUUUAUAGAUAUUGAUAAGAUAAAUCCAGAUGCAUGGCCUGCCCUUGUAGCUGACAUAUCUGCUGGAGAACAGGGAAUAAUAGCACUUGCUUUUGGCUGUACAAGACUGUUCCAGCCAGCUAAACCAGUCACUAAAGCCCAGGCUGCUGUUGCUCUUGCAACUGGUGAAGCUUUUGACAUAGUCAGUGAGGAACUGACACGUAUUGAAGCUGAAUCUAUGGCAGAAAAUGCUGUUUCUGCACAUAAUGCCCUAGUAGCUCAAGUUGAAAAGGACAUUAAUGCUACUUUUGAGAAGGAGCUUUCCAUGGAAAGGGAAAAGAUUGACGCCGUAGAAAAAAUGGCAGAACAGGCAAGAUUGGAGUUAGAAAGGUUAAGAACACAGAGAGAAGAGGAAAACAUUGCCUUAUUGAAGGAACGAGCUGCUAUUGAAUCGGAGAUGGAAGUUCUUUCAAGGUUACGGCGUGAAGUAGAAGAUCAGUUGGAAAGUCUUUUGAACAACAAGGUGGAGAUAUCAUACGCAAAGGAAAGGAUUAACAAACUUCGGAAAGAAGCAGAAGAUGAGAACCAAGAGAUUGCCAGGUUACAACAUGAGCUGGAGAUUGAACGAAAAGCCUUGUCUAUGGCCAGGGCAUGGGCGGAGGACGAGGCAAAGAGAGCUAGAGAACAAGCAAAAGCCUUGGAGGAGGCUAGGGAUCGGUGGGAGAGACAUGGUAUCAAAGUAGUAGUUGAUAGUGAUCUCCGGGAAGAGAGCACUGCAGGAGUUACAUGGCUAAAAGCCGGAGAGCAAUAUUCGGUCGAAGGAACCGUACACAGAGCUGAAAGUUUGGUGGAUAAGCUUAAGAUACUGGCAGAUGGUAUAAUAGGAAGAUCGAGAACAAUAAUCAAUAAGAUCAUCCAGUACAUCCUUCAUCUGGUUGCAAUUUUAAAGGAUUGGGCUUCUGUUGCGGGUAAAAAAGCUGAAGAACUGAAGGAAAACACCAGUACAAAAACCGAGGAACUUAAAGAAGCUGCCGUCUUAAAGGCGAGGGGAUCGAUACAAGAGUUGCAGCAAAGCACAGCCCAGAUUAGCUUUGCAGUCAAGGAAGGUGCAAAGCGGGUUGCUGGAGACUGCAGGGAGGGAGUCGAAAAACUCACCCAGAAGUUCAAAACCUGAUCUCUCUAAUCCAAUUUAGUAAGCACUUUUACCUGCCAUUGAUGCUGAGAAUCGGCAAAUGUAAAACUUGUGCUGUUUGUAUUUUCCUCCCAUAUUUGCCCCUAGAAUCCAGAUUUUGUAGCUUGCGCAAGGUCUCAGUAGGACACCGGUGGUCGUUGAGCUUCGUUUUCGACUUGCUGUGUUCUUGAAUUGGAUGUAAUAACCUUUUAUCCCUGCGAGGAGCAUCUUGCGAUUUACAAAAUUUUCUUAGCUGAAAAUCUCAUAAGAUUUUAAUA